UUCGACUUCUUAUUCCUUUAUCCGAUGCGAAUCCCGCCAUGGCGAGGGAGAUUUGUUGUCGCAUCUUAUCCACCAUGAUCUCAUAACCCGCGGGGUAAAUGGCUGUUUAGGGCUGGCCCGACUGUGGCGCGCCGGAAAUUAAUUCCCUUGUACCAUAAAAAGAGAAGUAAAUCGCCGAUCACCUGCCGAAUCAACCCUAGAAAGCAACCACGGAGAGGAAAUGCGGAGAAAAGUUCGCCGCAAAAUUGCCCAACUCAAACGCAUGCAACAAGCUCCCCAAACCAAACACCAUUGAGAGCUGGAACUAUGCCAAACAGCAAUUAUGGGGAACAGACAUCCCCACCAUGAAUGGUUAUAUACCCCGCCUCCAACGGAGGUCGAAGAAACAUAAAGGGGCCCGGAGCCCUCCAAUAGAUCGAGAAUCAUCAAUCCAUUCCCCAUUCCAAUCAUACAGACACAAUGGCCCCUGCUACCCUCAAAGUCGCCAUCGCUGGCCUCGGCCGCAUGGGUGCUCGUCAUGCACACCACUUCUAUGCCCUGACUCCCCGCGCCGAGGUCGUCGCGGCUUCUUCCCCAGUGCAACAUGAGCUGGACUGGGCCCAGGACAACCUGGGUGGCGCCCGCACUUACCUGGACUACGAUGAGAUGCUGGAGAAGGAGCAGGCCAACGGUCUGCAAGCUGUUGUGAUCGCCUCAGCCACCAGCGUACACGCCGAGCAGGCCAUCAAGGCCAUCCGUCGUGGAUUGCACGUUUUAUGCGAAAAGCCCUUGAGCAUCAAUGUGGACGAGUCCCAAUCCGUCGUCGACGCCUACAGAGAAUCCAUCCGGCAGUUCCCCAACCAAAAAGUCAUGUGCGGUUUCUCCCGCCGCUUCGACGCCUCCUACCGCGACGCCUUCAAGAAGAUGAACGCCGGCCUGAUCGGCACUCCCAGCGUGUUCCGCUCCCAGACCUGCGACAAGCUCGACCCCUCAGGAUUCUUCGUCGAAUAUGCCCAGUUCUCCGGCGGUAUCUUCGUCGACUGCUCCAUCCACGACAUUGAUCUUGCGCUGUGGUUCUACGGCCAGGACUCCGUCGUGAAAUCCGUGACCGCCGUCGGUAUCACCGCCGUCUCCCCGGAACUGAGAAAGUACAACGACCGCGACAACGCGCUCGGUAUUGUCGAGUUCUACGGUGGGAAGAUCGCACAGCUGUACUGUAGCCGGAUGAUGGCUGCUGGACAGGAAGACAGCACCGAGAUCAUCGGUACACAGGGUAAGCUGGCCAUCAACACCCAACCCAUCUCCAACCUGGUCAACAUCUACGAGUCGACUGGUAUCCGGCGCGAGAUCCCCCCACACUACUACGGACGCUUCCGGGAGGCUUUCAUCACUGAGGCGAAUGAGUUCACUGCUGCCUGUCUCGAUAACACGGAGUUGCCUGUGCAGCUGGAGGGCGCCGUUGCUGCGGUCCGGAUCGGAGCUGCUCUGCAGGAGAGUCUGAUUUCGGGUAAGAAGAUUGAGUUUGAUGAGCAGGGCAACAGAAUCUAAGAUGUGGGGGUUUGGGAUUAAUUUUGAGGGAUUAUCUAUUCUGGAAAUAGAUAUCAUGUUUGAUAGAGUUUAAAAUAGACGACUUUAUGCAAUACAGAUGCGCAUGUUUGUUGUUUAUUUGAACUGCUAGAUUAGUGUAAAGUGCUUUUUGAAACUGGGAUGCCCGAAAUGUGGCAUUGAUACGAUGGACCACAUACGUCCUGUUGCUUAGGGCUAU